AUGACUUUCCCCGAGCUGAGCAAUGGCAGCUUGAGUGGGAACCGGACGGGACAAGGCAGCCAGAGCGCUGCCAACCGCUCCUGGGGGCUGCAAGGGGAGGAGAGCCCCGAGGGCAACGGCACCACUCUGACUUUCGCCGUGGAUGUGCAGGCGGUGGGCGUCGGGGUCUUCCUGGCCGUCUUCAUCCUCUCGGCCAUCGUGGGGAACAUCCUGGUCAUCCUCUCGGUGGCUUGCAACCGGCACCUGCAGACGGUCACCAACUACUUCAUCGUCAACCUGGCCAUCGCUGACCUGCUGCUCAGCACCACCGUGCUGCCCUUCUCGGCCACCCUGGAGGUUUUGGGUUUCUGGGUGUUCGGGCGCAUCUUCUGCAACAUCUGGGCAGCGGUGGACGUGCUGUGCUGCUCUGCCUCCAUCAUGAGCCUGUGCAUCAUCUCCGUGGACAGGUACAUCGGGGUCAAGUACUCCCUCAAGUACCCCACCAUCAUGACCGAGAGGAAGGCGGGGGUCAUCCUCGUGGUGGUCUGGCUCUCCUCCAUGGUCAUCUCCAUCGGGCCACUGCUGGGCUGGAAGGAGCCGCCGCCGCCGGAUGAGAGCAUCUGCAGCAUCACGGAGGAGCCGGGCUAUGCCCUGUUCUCCUCCCUCUUCUCCUUCUACCUGCCCCUCAUGGUCAUCCUGGUGAUGUACUUCAGGAUUUACGUGGUGGCCAGGCGGACCACCCGGAGCCUGGAGGCAGGGGUCAAGAAGGAGAGGAACAAGUCCAUGGAGGUGGUGCUGCGCAUCCACUGCCGCAGCGUGCUGGAGGAGCCUCUCUCCAGCACCCGGAGCAAGGGCCACAACUUCAGGAGCUCCCUCUCCGUGCGGCUCCUCAAGUUCUCCCGGGAGAAAAAAGCAGCCAAGACUCUGGCCAUCGUCGUGGGUGUUUUCAUCCUCUGCUGGUUCCCCUUCUUCUUCAUCCUGCCUUUCGGUUCUUUCUUCCCAUCCCUGAAGCCCUCCGAAAUCGUCUUCAAGAUCAUCUUCUGGCUGGGCUACUUCAACAGCUGCGUGAACCCCAUCAUCUACCCGUGCUCCAGCAAGGAGUUCAAGCGCGCGUUCAUCCGGCUGCUCAAGUGCCAGUGCCAGCGGCGGCGACGGCCCAUCUGGAGGGUCUACGACCACCACUGGAGAGGGGCCUCCAUCAACAGCUCAGUGCAGGACUCAGAGACAGACCUGAGGCCCAGGAUUAACACCCUGAACAGCUCCUUCAUAUUUAACUCCUCCUUCCAGGAGAGAGCCAGUAAGAGGCGAACGCUCAGCUUCAAGGGCUGGAAAAUGCUCACCCCUUUCCAGAAACCAGCAUCCACCCAGCUGAAGGAGAAGAUGAACAGCCUUUCUAACAAAAUCCGGGGUGGCUCCAGCAAAGGGGGGGUGACAGCCACCUACAAAACAGAGGUGGAGUCUGUCUCGAUUGGGAUCCCUCAUGAUUUCACAGAAACCAUCGACUACCAAACCCAUGACUUAACAGACUGCUGUGGGCUGAGAGAAACAGAUAUUUGAAGCCUCUGGGGCAGCUGUCGAUGGUUUCUUUAGAGGCAUCCAGCAGAAACAUGGAAGGAUACCAGCUGUGGGUCUGUCAGGCAGGCUGGAAGCAGCAAUCAGGUAUUAAAUGCAGUUGCCCAAAGGUUAUCCAAGCAUCCCCCACAUGGAGCUCAGCCCCAUCUGUGGGAUUAUGGGUUCCUCAAGUUAGAGCCAAUGGCAUAUCCCAUUCUACAGCCACAGCAGGAGGAGAAGGUGUGGAUAUGACCUUAGGGCUGGAGCUGUCUCCUCUGGUGGAUGGUUGUCUUUGGCUUUGGAAGAAACUGCAAUUAAGGGAAACCAGGAUGUCUCCUUUGCCUUAAAAACACCACACUGAGUUCUAACGGAAAGAUUGAAUCCCUAAAGUUGCCAACCCUGCCUUAGUACACGUGGCCAUGUUUCCAUCCCGAGGCAGCAGCCAGGAGGACUCUGCCAAGCAGGAGCUGGCAGCUGGUCCUUCGUGUGGGUGGGUUGGGAGCUUGUAGGUCCUGAGCAGGACAUCCAGACGAGGCCUUGGCUUUGGAGGGAGAGCAGACUGGGGUAUUCCCAAGCAAGGUGGAGGGAUCCCGGCUCUCAGCCAUCAUCUCUGCAGUGGCCACAGCUUUGGCCCUUCCACAUCACCUGGUUUCAGGCCAGAGGAGUAUUCCAGAUGUGUGCACUCUUGCCAAGGGGUGUGCAGGUCUCUCUCCUCUAAUUCCAUCCUGUGAAGCAUUUCGCAUUUCACUUUCCAGUGAAACACUUGCAACCCACCUUGCUUUAGUGAACAUCCAUCUGUGGCACACAGAGAAAUCAGCUCCUUCUGGUGUCAGUCAUCCCCAAACUUUCCUGUCCCCUUCUUUGCUCUUGAUGUUUUUGCUCAAAAAACGCAGGAUAAAAAAUGCAUCCCAGGGGCUUCACUCAGGACAGAAGGAAAUGGCCUCAGGUUGUGUCAGGGAAGAUCUAGGCGGGAUAUGAGGAAGAAUUUCUUCACUCAAAGGGUGGUCAGGCACUGGACCAGGCUUCCCAGGGCAGUGGAGGAGUCACCAUCCCUGCAAGUGUUCAAAAGACGUGUUAAUGUGGCACUUGAGGAGAUGUUUAACGGUUUUUAUCCCACCUCCAGCUUCUCAAACUGAGCAAAGAUGAAUAAUUGUGCCAAGAAACCGCCUGUGAGAAGGAAUGAACGCACCCCUGCUGAUUAAUGUACCAGGAGAUGUGAUUUAACUUUCAUUUCCAGUCUCCUCUUUCUCCAAUCUGCCUCUAAAUGAUCAUCUUUGCUCUGGCACAGUCCUUACUCCUGAGAGUCUCACAGGCUCCUACUGAUCCCAAACUCUCAGGAUCUGGGAAGCAGGACUCUGUCAUUCAGCAGGCAAAGGAAUAAAAAACCCACUGGCAGGGAGAGGAAAACUUAAAAAAAAAUUUUAAAUUAUAUUAAAAUUUAAAUUAAAAGCAUAA